AGCAUCAUUACAUCCUCAGUUCUUGUAUGCGAUCGAAUCGGUCAGUGUCUCUGCUGCGAUUAUCGGUCUAUUUCCUGUCUGAGUAAAUUGAGUGUGAGUGGUUUUUGGUUUCCUUAGACCUCACUACACAAGGAGACAUAAUUGGGCCGUAAUUCGGGAGUGAAAUCGAUAAAGUUAUCCACUUCCUUUGAUACUUUAAUUCACAUUGAGAGGAGAUUCGGAUAAAUUAAACAAAGAUUUCAAUCCGUUAAAAUUUAAGGCAUGGAGCGUUGGGCGGGACGGGUGGCCGUUGUCACAGGAGCUUCUUCAGGGAUCGGUGCUUCCAUCGCCGAAGCUUUGGCUCGGGAAGGAAUGAUCGUCGUAGGCUUAGCGAGGAGAAAAAAUCGCCUCCAGGAUACGGCCGAGGCUUUGAGUAUCGCAAAAGGGAAGCUGUAUCCGGUCCAAUGCGACGUCUCGAACGAGCAAGAAAUUUUGGAUGCGUUCAGAUGGAUCAGAGAUCAUCUCGGAGCAAUUGACGUCCUCGUGAACAAUGCGGGGGUCGCCCACUUCGCACAUAUUAUCAGCGGAGACACGGAAGGCUUUCGUCGCAUACUGGAUGUCAAUGUCUUGGCAGUGGCCAUAUGCACACGGGAAGCAGUUGCGAAUAUGCGAGCACGUCGAGUCGACGGCCAUAUAAUAAACAUUAACAGCGUAACCGGACAUGCCAUUCCGAAUCUGCCGGAUCAUCUGAGUCUCUAUCCAAGCAGCAAGUACGCAUUGACCGCCAUGACGGAAGUUGUUCGCCGGGAGCUAAUUUCCGCUAAAACGAACAUCAAAGUGACGAGUCUUAGUCCUGGACUGGUGAAGACCGAGAUUAUGGAGGCUGCAGAAUAUUGCGUGGAAAACACAGGAAGUCCCGACGCUCCGACGUUGCAGGCUAAGGACAUCUCCGAUGCGGUUCUUUACGUACUCAGCACACCGCCAAACGUUCAAAUAACAGAACUGACGAUUCGACCAGUCGGAGAACAACUUUGAGCAUCACUUCGCAGAGGAGGAAAAUUUCUUGGUGGAAUUGCGCUGCGGAAAAUGCUUCGGUAUUUUUGCUCGCCAUUUCCGUCGAGGGAAGACAAGACGAGACAAUUCGCCUUUAGAUCUAACCGU